AUGUCUGGUUGUAAAUGUGACUGUUUAAACUUUUUACCAGUUUCCAUCAACUCUGUUCUAUCAUCAUCACCUUACGGACCAGCUUAUCUGCCUUGCCUGUUACAGUCAAAAACCAAAUCAUUCGGCUCGCAGGUUUGGGAAAACUUGGCACGUGACACAGAUGAUAUGAUCGGUGCAGGGUCAUCCGUGCACCACGUACAAUCGUCGAAUGAGAUGGACGGUAAAUGCUCGAGAGCGAUAUUUAUACCCGAUCCGACGCAUGGGAGCCUCGAGGCGUUUGCUCGAGGCCCCGACCCCGACCCGGAUGUUUUGCCUGUCUGUUUGUUUGUAUUUUUAUUUUAUUAUGUAUUUGACCUAGGCGGGCGAUGGAGUAGAGUUGACUUCCGUGGACAUUCAUAA